UACAGCAGCAGGUGAGAUUCAGCUUCUGAAUGUUAUCAUGUAUUUGCACUAGUAGCUGAAUCCUAGUAGAAUGUCUUGCUGCAGACAUAAGAGUGACAGUAGGUGCAGGCUACAGCAAGUUUACCAUCAUUUCAAUCAUUUCAUUUUUGAAGAACCAUGCUGAAAGCCCGAAAUACAUUGUACACACUGAAAAUUACCAAGGUCUCGUUGUCUCUCACUCAAAGCUUGAAGCAAGUUCCUCAACUAUUUCAAAAGGCCCAAACAUUCUUCAGAUUUGCUGACCUUUCUAGUGGCUGUCAACUUUUGGCUUUCAAACUCAAAAUAGGCUGCUGAAAAUGGCUGGAUCACGGCUGCUCCGGCGCACCAGCCGCCCUGUGGAGAUGAUGUCCAUUGUGCUCAAUGAUCAAGGCAUAGUUGACAGCCUUACUGAAAAUAAUCAGAGAAGCAUGUGGGCUAGCAGAAGGAUUGGGGAAGACGAACAACUCUACCUAGUCCACAUUCAGGGCAUUGCUGGCAUCGGUCUCCCGACCACGCUGGUCGUCAAGAAGUUCCAGAACUCGGACGGAAUAGUGGACGGUAAUCUGGAGAACCGCUGCAAGUCGGAGAUGAUCCUUUUAGCCAGCAUCCGUCACGACAACAUCGUCAAUGUCCUACACUUCAUCCAGAGGGAAAAUGCAAUCAUGCUCGUUUACACGUACCAGGUGAACGGCAGCCUGGACCAGUGGCUGCAUCGGCGGGAGGAGGGCGACCUGCCGCUGAGCUGGCCGCAGAGGAAGGCCAUCGCCAUUGGCGUGGCCCAAGGGCUCUGCCACUUACACCACGGAUGCAAUAGACCGAUUGUCCACCACAACAUCACCUCUAUCAACAUCCUGCUCGAUCAGAAUUUCAAGGCCGUGAUAGCCAGUUUUGGUGCUGCCCAGAUGAACAUGGCCGGGCUCGACCAACCAUUGCCUAUCGUGGGGACUUUGUUUGGUAACUUUGGGUAUGCAGCUCCAGAAUAUGGGAGGGCCGCAAGCCAGCUGACGGAGAAGGUAGACACUUACAGCUUUGGUGUGGUGCUGCUGGAGCUCGUCACAGGGCGGGUGGCCAAUGGGGUGGAUGGUCAGUUGGCCAUAUGGGCUCGUGACAACUGCAGUGAGCUGAUGGCAAAGAAGCUGGAAUGGUUCGAGAUUGCUGUGGACAAGGGCAUCCCAGAUCAAGCACGGUACAUGGAGGAGAUGGCGAGCGUAUUCAGACUGGGUGUGGAUUGCACUGUCGAUGAUCCGCAGCAAAGGCCGUCCAUGCAGCUGGCUCUCAAACGACUCCACCACGGCUGUGGGCGUGGCCGAUUCGGUGGCCUUCUCACCUGCUAUAACCUAUACAUCACCAGUAAGGAUGUUAUCCAAGUGAAAAAAGGUAAAGUGGCAUGUGAGUGUAUGCUACUCCAGAUCAGAUGGUGGCUCUGCUUUCUUUUUGCUUGGCAAGAAAAGCUUCAGGAUGCCCCAAAGCCAAGGGAGGAGCUUGACCUGCUCUUCUACCAGUUGCAAGGGACAGGGCAAACAAAUGGUUGCGAACUUCCCGCCUGA